GAAUCGUCUUGAUGGGUGUGGCCUGGUCUGCAUUUCUUACGCAAGGCGGUUGCAGACAUAAUUUUCCUAAACAUAAAAGCUCAUUGAAGAAGCUUUCAUACAAGGAAAUGCCAUCAGGCUUUCGGUUAGACACGGACGGCUGGACGAAGGAGUUCGAUGAAUGCAAGCAGCUAGCACAGGAGACGCUACAACUGAUACAAGAGCGCAAUUUGCGCCACCCUAAUGGCGGGCCAGAGGCGUCCCGCUUGUCAGCAGCGGCCCGGAAAAAACUGGGCACGCUCGGUGUGCAGCUCGACAAGCUCUUGCGGUGGCUGGACAGCCCAGAGGCCGACUCCCUCUCUGAGCCGGAAAAGAACCGGCGGCGGGACCUGAUCCACGACCUGCGCGGCCGGCGGGAGGGCAUGCAGAUGAGCAUCAAGCGGAGCACGGGCGCAGCAGACAGGGACGCGCUGUUCAGCGGCGCCGGCCCCAGCAGCGGCCCGCUGCCGCCCCGCGAGACGGAGGCCACUGCCGAGCUGGACAACCGCGGGCUGCUGGGUCUGCAGCAGGCGGUGAUGCGGCGGCAGGAUGAGGAGCUGGCGGCCAUGGAGAAGACCGUGGCCAGCACCAAGCACAUCGCACUGGCCAUCGGCGAGGAGGUGGACCUUCAGACGCGGCUGCUGGACGACCUGGCGGACGACGUGGAUGUGACGCAGAGCCGCCUCAAGGCCGCCACAGCCAAGGUGAAGCAGCUCAUGCGCGACAGCGGCAACUGCAGGCUGGGCGUGUGCGUGUUCAUUCUCAUUGUGACGCUGGUGGUGGUGAUCAUUCUCACCGUCAAGCUGGCGCGGUUCCUGUAGGUGGGGAGUGAGGAUGCUGGGGCUGGAGGCAGGGUUUGGUUGUGGUGGUGUUUGAGUGGUUUUGGUGUGGGGGGGUUGCUGGUUGGGCUGUGGCUGGAUGGGCUGCGGCUGGGUGGCCUCGUGGCGUGGCAUGGCGUGGCGUGUGUGGUUUUCGCGGUUGGAGCAGGCGCGUGUGGCAUGUACGGUAUUGUUAGUGUUGUUCAGUCAGGCAUGUCCUGGCGCGCUUGACUUGCUUGUAUUUGGCGCAGGUGGCCUAAAUUGUAGGCGGUGAGGCUGGUUCGUGGUUGUAGUGGAAGUUUGGAGACGUAGGGAGGAGCGCCACGGAGGAACUGCCUCUUGCGGGCAACGCGUGGACGCGCAGAGUACCCGGCCCACAGGCCACAGCCGGCUUCUGGACAAGGGCAUGGGGGCCCAGUGUACGGUAUGGCACCAUGGAGAUGUCGAGGAGGCUUUCGACAACAGUUGUGAGCUUUGCCCAAGGGAGUUGAGUGGGCGAGUGGCGAUGGGGUUGGCAAUGGGGAUGCGGCUAUGGCCCGAACGCCUUUCGUGCUCCAGUGCGAGUAGUACACCAGUUGUUCCGACGGUUGGUGACGCACCGAAGCGCCGCGCCGUCGUGGAGGCAUGAGGGUCUUGAACAAUAUGAUCCCUGUCUUAACAUGUGCAGAUGGAGCAUGCAGGAUGUGCUGAGAAUAGACACGCUGUGGACAAUUCGCAAGAACAUGUCUUGGAUCCUGGUUGCCCACAUGUUGAAGCAUAGGGAAGCAAUCAAGUACACGUGCGUUUACGAAGUUGAAGGCAGUGGGAGCCAAAGCGGCGCAAACUGGCAUCUCAUGGUUACUCAGGCAUCGGCGUGGUAACGAAGGA